GUUUGAAAAACUCAAACCCAACCCAACCCGCUGGGUAUCCGCGGGUUCAUGGGUACCCGUGGGUUUUUGUGGUAAAAAAUUUACAAUAACAAGUUUCUUUCAAAAUAAAAGUUUAACAUCAAUUUUCUCAUACAAAUUAUUCAUACAAAAAACACCAAUCUAGAGCAUACGAGCAAACUGCAAAUGAUCAAAUGCAAAUUGUUCAAAAUUAAAGAUAAACAUCUAUAAACAAUAAGAUUAAUUGAAAGCUUCUUCCUCGUCAACUAAGUUUCUUCACUCUCCAUUUCAUAAUAUCAACUUCAUUCUAAACAAUUAGAAAGAACAAAUUAUACAUGUCUCCACAAACAUAAAGAAUAUUAGUUGUUUAAGGAAGAUAUAUUAUUUAGAAUAUUAAAUAUACCGGGAAAGUAAUUAUAUGUGUGUGGGCGGGUACCCAUGGGGCGGGUUUACCUAAACACAAACCCAACCCGACCCGGUGAAUAGUGUAGCGGGUUUAAACCCAAACCCGACCCAAAACCCGUCAACAUGGGUUUUACCCGCGUUGACCAGGUUGGGUCGGAUGGGUACCCGUGGGUUCGGGUUUUGUUGCCAUCCCUAAUCUAAGCAUUGAGAAUUAAAGGUCAUUUUUAUUUUCCCUAGCUUUCUUAAUCGGCUCAUAUCUUCUUCGUUUUAACUCGGAUUUUAAUUUUUUUGCACAGAUGGAACGAGUUUGUUGUGCUCUUUAAAAUGAGAUCCAUUUUCAAUAUUUUUUGAGAAUUUUUUUUUGCCUCUCGGUACCAACUGCAUACCAUAUGGUAUUUUCUUCGUUUUUAAUUCAUUUUUGAAAACGUUUGCACAGAAGGAACGAGUUCAUCAUGAUCUAUUGGAUCUACAAAUUUCUAGGUGAACAAAUUACAGGAUCAAAAAAUACCACACAAUACCACCCUGGUACGGGGUGGUAUCUUAUGGUACACAAUUUUAAAAGUCGUAAAUGACAGUUAAUUUACUUCUACACUUCUACUAUCAUGUAUUCAACCAUCUUACAUUCUUGGUUUCUUCAUACCACCAUGGUACGCUUUUCAAACCAUAUGUAUGCUCUUAUUUCAAUACAAGUCAAUACCAUAUGGUACAGACUGGUGAAAAAUGACUCAAUUUUUUUUCCGAAAAAUAUAUCAAAAUGGAUAUCAAAAUAGUAUAGACUGGUAAAAAAUGACUCACUUUUUUUUGUUUGAAAAAUAUAUCAAAGUGGAUACUAUCUUGAAGAGCACAAUUAAUCUGAUCUAACUGUGCAAAAAAAAAAAAAUCGUCUUAAAACAAUUGAGAAAUCGUUCGUCAAAGAUUAAGCAAUUUAAGGUUUUCCAGGAGAGAGAGAGAGAUGCUGAUGUAAUGCUGAUGUGAACGGGUUACUCAUGGUUACUCACCAUAAGGUUACUGACCUGAUUCGUUCCCGUCAACAGACCAUAAUGGUUCAUUAUGUCAAGAUACUUGUUUGGUUUCCUAUUUAUAAAAAUUGUUCAAAACGAACAAACUAUGUGUACUUUGAUAUCGAUUACUCGGGUAUGUAGGCAACCUAUUACUUUUGAGGUUUUGCAUCAAGCUAAUAAAAAUAAUAGUUGAUGAUUUGAUUCGCUGAAGUACAACAUAGUACAUCCAACGAUUAGAUCAUUUGAAGUAGGGAGUGAUAGUUGGGUCGGUUAGUGGUUAAAUAUUAACCGAUAAUGCGGUUAGUGAUUACCUGCCAACUAAAAUAAUCAUUAAUGUUAGCUGACUCGCCAAGGCUUAGCGAGUAAUCGUUAAUCGCCCAUGACGUUAACAGUAUUUUAGCGGUAACCCGCCUGAACAAGAGAGCGGUAGUAGGUUUGCGAAUUUGGCAAAAGGCAAUGAGCAUAAUUAUUUUUUUAGAAAAUGUAUAAAAGAAAAGUGAUGAGCAUGAUAAAUCCAAGCCACACGGUCCCUUCUUUUCUUCACUCUCGUCUUCUCGCCUCUCCCUUUUCUUCUCUAUAGAUAAAUGAAUGAAUCAACUCCCUUGUGAACUAACGAACAAGGAAAACAAAAUCCUAAUUCUCCUUCACUCUCUUCUCCAUCCAAGUAAAACAAUAGAGGAAGGCUUACACCGGCAACAACAUUGAGGCUGAUCAUCGUCUCUCCUCUCUCUCUCUCUCUCUCUCUCUCUCUCAUCCUCCCUUUGAUCUAAUGGGGAAGCCACCAGAGAGGGUCAUUAGCAUGACGACCAUGGAUUCGUGGUUCAAAGCACAACCUCUAUGAACGAUCUUCGUUCUUCAUUUGAGCUGAGAAGACGAGGAGAUUGGAGUCAAUGAUUGCAGAGUGGUCUGGGGGAAGCUGUUUCCUUUAUUGAGUGUGACAUUUUGCCUAUUUUGAGUGGUUAACAAUUCCUAUUAGUUAUUAGUAGAUUAACCACUAAUUAUCAAUUAUUAAGCGUUUAUGACUUGAUAACUCGAUAAGAGAUUUUGAGCUUUUGUUAAACGACCCACAUUCUUCUUAGCGGUUAACAAUUUCAUGAUGCGGUUAGCCAUUAAACCGUUAAAGACAUAACUGUUUAUCACUCUAAUUUGAAGUAUGAUAUAUUCUAGGAGUGUGCCACUAAUAUCAUGUUUAUUAAUUUUUUAGUUAUAUAUUUUUUUGCAUCCUUAGAGUAAUGCAUUAAAUAACUCAUAUACGCAUACCACAAAUCCUUCAUGUCUCCCCGCAUUCAUAUUUGGAGACCCUACUGUAAAAAAACUUCUAGUUUUGGUAUUGAACUUAUUUUUUUCAGGAAUUAGAAUUGAAAAUUUUGUCAAACACUUCUUUUAAUUUUUUUUUGUGAAACACCUUAACACAUACACGUGCUUAUUUAAUAUUUUAUGACAGUAGCUAGGAAAUGGUUGGGCACUAGAGGAAGCUUUUCAGUGUACAACAUUUCAUCGAGAAAAUGAAUUCUCGUCGUCGGUUAAAGUAGCAUGUGAUGGUGCAGGAGAAAGAAGAGAUGUUGCCGAAAAUGGAUUGACUACAACGAAGGUGGAAAAAGCCAACAAUUAAAUCAGUCGAGCAGAGAGAAAAGCGGAGAGACGUCUCUUGCUUAGAAAGUUGAGGUGAAUCUCCCAAAAAAAGGAGAGAUAUCAUAAAAUUUGUAUACCAAAUAGGCUAACUACCCGCCAUCUGAAAGUGACAUUGAUCUCUCCUUCCCUCUUCCCUUUUCCUAAAACCACGACCCCUUCUUCUCCUUCUCCCUCCUGUGUUCUAACUGGUCUCCAACCCAAUUACAAUGGUGCCUUUGCAAGACUCUCACCCCCUCGAACACCCUCCUAUCUCCUCCCUUCCCUAUUCGCUUUAGCCCUCUUCACCCUCCUUUUCCUGUACAAGGUAAGAUCAAUGAGCACCCAUUUUCCCAGAAUAGUCAACCCUCUAAUUUUUUCUCAUUUCCUUUAGAGUUCUUGAAUAAUUGUUGGUUUUGGAAUUUCGUCGAACAGGUAGAUGACUUCGUGACGAGCACCAAAACGAUGGCAGGCCACAACCUGGAGCCGACCCCAUGGCACAUUUUUCCAGCCAAGAGCUUCGAUGACGAAACCCGCCAGUCCCGAGCUUACAAGAUUUUCCAGUGCUCCUACCUUAGUUGUCCCUAUUUCAAUAGAAGCAUAAUCGAUCGACCUCGUUUCCAGACCAACAAACCUGCAACACAGUGUCCCGAGUUUUUCAGUCACAUACACCGGGAUCUGGCCCCUUGGGUCAAGUCCGGGAUAACGGAGAAUCAGGUCAUGGAGGCCAAGAACUUUGCGGCGUUUCGAAUUGUAAUCUUCCAGGGGAGGCUCUAUUUGGAUCCUUACUAUGCUUGCUUCCAAAGUCGAAUGAUGGUGACGAUAUGGGGAUUCAUACAACUAUUGCGAAAGUAUCCUGGCAUGGUUCCUGAUGUUGAUCUAAUGUUUGAUUGCAUGGACAAGCCUAUUCUCAACCGGACUGAACGCCAAUCCAACCCUGUACCUCUUUUUCGGUAUUGCACCACCCGUGAGCAUUUCGACAUUCCUUUCCCUGAUUGGUCCUUCUGGGGUUGGUCAGAGAUUAAUAUCAGGCCAUGGAGCGAGGAGUUCCCUGACAUUAAAAAGGGUUCUCAAGCUAAACGAUGGGCAGCAAAGCAGCCUCUUGCAUUUUGGAAGGGAAAUCCAGACGUUGUUUCCCCUGUUCGUCUAGAGUUGCUGCAAUGCAAUGACUCCCGGAAAUGGGGAGCACAAAUUAUGCGACAGGAUUGGGUGCAAGAGGCAAGAGAAGGUUUCGAGGCCUCCAAGCUAUCAAAUCAGUGCACCUAUCGGUACAAGAUAUAUGCAGAAGGCUUCGCUUGGUCCGUGAGCUUGAAAUAUAUCCUAUCUUGUGGUGCCAUGACACUGAUCAUUUCGCCUCAGUAUGAGGAUUUCUUCAGUCGCGGUCUUAUACCCAAGAAAAAUUAUUGGCCAGUAUCGCCCGUCGACCUAUGUAAAUCGAUAAAGUCGGCUGUUGACUGGGGGAACUCACACCCAGCUGAGGCUCAGGAAAUAGCGAAAGCAGGACAAGACUUCAUGGAGAGUUUAAGUAUGGACAAAAUCUACGACUACAUGUUCCACCUCAUCACUGAAUAUUCAAAGCUCCAGAUGUUCAAGCCUGUCCCACCACCCUCUGCUCUUGAGGUGUGUCCAGAUUCUGUGUUGUGCUUUGCCGAUGAGAAGCAGAGGCUAUUCUUUGAAAAAUCUUCAACUUCUCCCUCGUUGGAGCCUCCUUGCAACCUCAUGCCUGCCGACGAUAGUGUCAGAAGCUGAAAUUGCAGGAGGAAGUUAGGAAAAUGGAGCAACAAUCAUGAUAGGAAAUUUGGUAGAGCAUGGACCCCCAUUUUGAGUUGUAAAGUAGAAUAAAUUAAUUAAAAGUGCAAGAAAGCAUAGUCUUUUUACUGUUCCUCACGAAAAUCUCUCCCCAAAUUACUGUUCAUUAGUGGUGUGAUUAGGUGUGGCCGAACCCACUAAAACUUCCGAUCCUCUUUUCCUUAAUUUGGACAAUUUUUUUACCACCAAUUAUCUCGGUCCCCUUCUUCUUGGAGCAAUUAUUUUAACUGGCCAUUAUUAUCAUAAUCAUCAAAUUCACCCUAUCAUUCGGCCAAACAAAUGUCUAAAGAGUCCAGACCGGUAGAGAGUUUUCACGCUAUAAAAUGGUUUAACCAUAUUUAAACUAUGGUCUCAAAACAAAUUACUCUAAUACUGACUUUUUCGAUAUAACUUCCAUUACGAUUUUAUGAUCCAUGAUGUAUAGAAGGUUAAAUAUUUCUUUUAUGAAUUUUUCGGUAUAACCUCCAUUACGAUUUUACAAUCCUUCAUUUAUAGAAGAAUAGAUAUUUCUUAUAUAUAAACAAACUAAUUAACAUAUAUCCGUCAUAGUAUAAGUUUGAGCGAACCAAAUUUAUUUAUAAUUAACUUAAUUCUUGACCAUUUAUCAAUUUGUUUUACACAAAGAUUAUGCAAAGGUAGUUAUUUUUUACAUAAUAGUUGAAUAAAUUUUUAUGUUUUACAUAAAGGUUUCAUAAGGUCAGUUAACUUUUACAAAGCAGUUAUUAAGAUGUUAUACAUUUUGUAACUUGAUUUUGUAAUUUGACCACACAUUGCAGAAGAUUUACACAAUGUCAUUUUACAAUAGUUAAACAUAUUACAAAUAUAUUACGUAAGAAUUAUAGAGUGAUAAUUAUUUCUUAUUACGCUAGUAAAUUAUACAAACUUAUUAUAUAUGUAAGGCUUCUUUAUUGAUUAAUACACUACGUAAAGCUUAUGUUGGGAUAAUAUUUCUUAUUAAGUGAGUCUUCCGUAAUAUAAUGAACAAAAAUUCAUUUGUUAUUGACUAAACUGUUGAUUAUCUUAUCAAAUUAUUGUUUACAUAACAUUUUAAUCGAGUAUGAUACUUUCUGUCAUUUAAUUACUUUAUUAUUAACUAAAAGUACUUCAUUCUUAAUAAAAUAUCCAACAUAUUAUUAGUUUAAAUUACACAAAUGUUUUUUAAGGUCAGUUAAAUUUGACAUUACCGUUUAGUCAAAUGUUAAGCAUUCUGAAACUUAAUUUUAUUAUUUGUCCACAUAUUACAGAAGAUUUACAUAACACCCUUCUAUAACAAUUAUACAAACUACAAAUAGGCUACACAAAACUUAUGAACGAAUAUUUAUUUUUUGUAUAUCAAUUAAAUAAAUUUAUUACAUAAAUCUUUCGAAAUGAUUAAGAUGGUACGUAAAGCUUAUAACGGAAUAAUAAUUUGUUAUGUAUCAAAUAAACAAAUACAUGACAUGAAUCUUUCGUAAUGAUUAAGACAUUAUGUAAAAUUUAUGAGUAUAUAUAACUUGAAAGAUUUUGUUAACUAUUUGAUUUCAAAUUUAUUAGGGUAAAUACUAUUUAAUAUCCAAACCUUUCAUUUUAAACAAUAUAAUAGCCAAACCUUUUCGAAAACAAUAUAAUAUCCAAAUCGUCAACUUUCCGUUCGUUUGACCGUUAGUUGACACUUCAAAAAAGCCAAACCUUUUCGAAAACAAUCUAACAAUCUAAUAUCCAAGUAGUUCAGUAGAUUGCUAUAGAUGUUGUGUCUAGUCUCAUCCAACAAAAAAUGUAUUCAAAG